UAUUGUGCACGAUUGAGCGGCUCGGAGACGAGCAGCGCCUGAGGCAGACCUGCCUGUGCGGAUCCGCUGGACACCGGGAGCUGUGAACUGUCGAUCAUAGGUGCUGAUUGCGUGUUCACGCAACAGCUGGACUCUUUCGGGGACACCGGCUCCGUGCUGCAGCUCCAGCCCGUCCAGGGGUCUCUCCUGGGGGCCAUGCCUGUGUGUGAGCGGUGGGGUCGGGGACCCCCGGAGGAAGGGGGUCCCCGUGCGCCCGGCCGUUCUGCCGUGUCCCCCCUGAGGUUGGGGGCCGCGGGCCUGGCGGUGCUGGCGUGUGCUGCGCUCCUGUACCAGGGGUCCUUACAGGGACACACGCCGGCCACGCGUGGGCUGGCCACGCUGCUGCCUGCGCAGGGCCCGGGCUCGAGGGGCGCCACCAGGACCAGCUUGCCCCGGGACAGGGGUGUGGACACGAGCCUGCAGUGCGGGGCGCCCCCCGACGGCCGGUUCGACUGCGCCCCAGAUCGAGCGCUCGGCCGGCGGGAGUGCGAGGCGCGGGGUUGCUGCUACGCCCCCCUGGCGCAGAGCCGCUCGGCGGGGCCACCCUGGUGCUUCUUCCCUCCCUCCUACCCCGGAUACAAGAUGGGGCCCCUGACCCCUACAGAGAGGGGCCAGACUGCCACGCUGAGCCGCGCCGCCCCCUCAUUCCUGCCCCGAGACAUCAGCACCCUGAGGCUGGAGGUCGUGCUGGAGUCCCCGGGCUGCCUGCACCUGACGCUGAAAGACCCCACAGCUCCGCGCUACGAGGUGCCGCUGCCCGUGCCUCGGAGGGGCCCGCGGCCGCCCUCUCCCCUCUACUCUGUGGACUUCGUCCCCGAGCCCUUCGGCCUGGUGGUGCGGCGGAGCUCCAGCGGCCGUGUGCUGCUGAACACCACGGUGGCCCCCCUGCUGUUUGCUGACCAGUUCUUGCAGCUGUCCACCUCUCUGCCCUCCCGGCUGCUGUCUGGGCUGGGGGAGCAUCUGACCCCCCUGACCCUUGACCUCAACUGGACGUCCGUGACCCUGUGGAACAGAGACAUGGCGCCACAUAGCGAUGCCAACCUGUACGGCUCGCACCCCUUCUACCUGCUGCAGGAGGGCGACGGUCUCGCGCACGGGGUCUUCCUGCUCAACAGCAACGCCGUGGAGGUGCUGCUGCAGCCGGCCCCAGCACUGACCUGGAGGGCCCUGGGAGGGGUGAUCGACCUGUACGUGUUUCUGGGCCCCGACCCGCAGAGCGUGGUGCGGCAGUAUCAGGAGGUCAUCGGGUACCCCGCAAUGCCCCCCUACUGGUCCCUGGGGUUCCACCUGUGCCGAUGGGGGUACCAGACCACCAACGUCACGCGCAGGGUGGUGCAGCGCAUGCACAGCGCCGGCUUCCCACUGGACGUGCAGUGGAAUGACCUGGACUACGCUGACCAGAGGAGAGUCUUCACCUUUGACCCCCAGCGGUUUGGAGACCUGCCUGCAAUGGUCAGGGAGUUCCACCAGGGGGGGUUGAAGUACGUGCUGAUCCUGGAUCCCGGGAUCAGCAGUGCGGGCCCUCCCGGCUCCUACCGGCCCUUUGAUGAUGGGCUGCAGAGGGGCGUGUUCGUUAGGAACGCCACGGGACAGCCACUCAUCGGGAAGGUGUGGCCUGGCCCCACUGCCUUUCCUGACUUCACGAACCCCGAGACGCAGCGCUGGUGGCUCGACAACAUCCAGGAUUUCCAUGCCAAAGUACCCUUUGAUGGGCUGUGGAUUGACAUGAACGAGCCGUCCAGCUUCGUCCAGGGGUCCCUGCAAGGGUGUCCAGACAAUGACCUCGAGAACCCCCCCUACACCCCAGGAGUGAUCGGGGGAAGCCUGAGUGCGGGAACCCUGUGCAUGUCCAGCCAGCAGCACCUGUCCUCACACUACAACCUGCACAACUUGUACGGUCUCACUGAGGCCAACGCCACACACAGUGCUCUGGAGAGAGUGCGGGGCACACGACCCUUCGUGCUGUCGCGCUCCUCGUUCCCGGGCCUGGGGCGGUUCGCGGGACACUGGACGGGAGACGUGCGGAGCGACUGGGAGCAGCUGCGACUCUCGGUGCCUGCCAUCCUGCUGUUCGGCCUGUAUGGGGUGCCCCUGGUCGGUGCGGACGUGUGUGGAUUCGGGGGCGACGCCACGGAGGAGCUGUGCGUGCGCUGGACCCAGCUGGGCGCCUUCUACCCCUUCAUGAGGAACCACAACGACAGGCCCAACGCGCCCCAGGAGCCCUAUGUGUUUGGCAAGGAGGCCCAGACGGCCAUGCGCAGUGCCCUGAUGCUGCGCUACUCUCUGCUGCCCCUGCUGUACACGCUGUUCCACCGCGCCCACGUUGCCGCGGAGACGGUGGCCAGACCCCUGUUCCUGGAGUUUCCGUCUGAUCCGAACUGCCAGGCUGUGGACCGCCAGUUCCUGUGGGGGGCGUCUCUGCUGGUGAGCCCGGUCCUGGAGGAGGGAGCUGAGGAGCUGUCAGCCUAUCUCCCGCCGGGCACCUGGUACAGCCUUCAUGAUGGCCAGCCUUUCUCCAGCAGGGGGCAGUAUCUCCUCCUCCCAGCUGCUCUGGAUACAAUAAAUGUGCACCUGAGAGAGGGGCACAUCAUUGUUCAGCAGGAGCCGGCGCUGACAACCACUCAGUCCCGCAGUAAGCCCUUCCACCUGACGGUGGCGCUGUCCGGCGGUGGUUGGGCGAGGGGGGAGCUGUUUUGGGAUGAUGGGGACAGCCUGGACACCUUCGAGACGGGAGACUACUCCCAUAUCCUGUUCCUGGCAGGGGAGGGUCAGCUGGUCAGCGAGCCCCUGCGGGUGAACGGGGCUCUGGAUGGGCUGGUGCUGAGUGCAGUGCGGGUGUUUGGGGUGCCGGCACCCCCUCGGGAGGUCUGGGCAGACGGAGAGAGGGUGCCUGACUUCUCCUACCGCUCCGACACCAGGGUGCUCACGGUGCCCGGCUUGGCGCUGCCCAUGUCCCAGGUCUUCACCGUCCAGUGGACACUGUGACCGGAGCCCUGAGGAUUCUGGGAAGUAGGGCGGGGC